AUGAACAAGACUCAAAAGGGUGUUGACGUCUUUAAUUUAUACACCAGUUGGUUCCAACUUCAAGUGACUAUAACAGAAGAAUGUCUUCAGUGUCGUAGGAGAGGAGGCAAAUGUAAAAUUGACAAUACAAUGCUUUAUCUUUGCUCAUUAGGUAUUGGAAUUGGAGGAUCAACCAUCCUGACAGUUGGUCUGUUAAUUUGGUUCAUUCGCUGUCACAAGAAACAAAAAUAUGCAAACUCUAACUCAAGAUUGAUUUCUUCCGAUCCCUCCUCAAGAUCAGAACUGGAAGUGGGCAGUGUCUGCUUUAGGGUCCCGGUCUUCUCCUACAAAGAACUUGCAGAAGCCACUAAUAAUUUUAGUCAUGAUAAAGAACUUGGAGAUGGAGGCUUUGGAAGAGUAUACUAUGCAAAACUUAAAGACGGGAGAGAAGUUGCAGUGAAACGCUUUCAUGAGCACAACUACAGAAAGUUUGAACAGUUUAUGAAUGAAAUUGAGAUCCUCACUCGAUUGCACCACAAAAAUCUUGUGUCCCUUUAUGGCUGCACUUCGCGUCACAGUCCGCAGGGUCUUCUCCUGGUGUAUGAAUUCAUUCCUAAUGGAACAGUUGCUGAUCAUCUUCGCGGCGGAAGAGCGAAGCCUGUUUCCCUUUCAUGGCCUAUUCGUAUGAACAUUGCAAUAGAAACAGCUAGUGCAUUGGCUUACCUCCAUGCUUCUGAUAUUAUACACCGCGAUGUGAAAACUAACAACAUUCUUCUAGACAAUCGUUUCAAUGUAAAAGUUGCAGAUUUUGGGCUUUCCAGAUUGUUCCCCGCUGAUGCUACUCAUGUUUCAACCGCCCCACAAGGAUCUCCUGGCUAUGUUGACCCUGAGUAUCAUCUAUGUUAUCAGCUAACCGAUAAGAGUGAUGUUUACAGCUUUGGAGUUGUCCUGAUUGAGCUCAUUUCAUCAAUGCCUCCUGUUGAUAUGAAUAGGCAGAAACAAGAGAUUAAUUUGGCUUACUUAGCAGUAAACAGGAUUCAGAACUCUGCAAUUGAAGAGUUGAUUGACCCAUGUCUUGGAUAUCAAUCAGAUGGAGAAGUUAAAAGGAUGACAACUUCAGUCGCAGAGCUGGCCUUCCUAUGUUUGCAGCAAAACAACGAAAUGAGACCUUCCAUGGAUGAAGUUUUGAAGCAAUUAAAGAGAAUUGAAAGUGGAGAGUGCAAGCCAGAGAAUCUAAACAAUGAUAAUGUAGUUCAGAGUAUGCGGCGAACAGUUUCAUCACCAGAUUGUCAAGAGGCUUCCUUGCUGAAGAAUAUCAGUCUGUCACCAACAUCUGUGACGUCAAAAUGGGUUAGCAGUGACAUUGCUUCUAGUCUCACUUGUUAAGUUUCAUGCGAACAUCCUGCACCUAAAAGGCAGAAAGCUCAAGAACUAUGAGCUAGUUCAGGCUCUAAGAGUAUGAUAGAAUAAGAAGAGCUGUUUCUUGUACUUCUUUUUAAGGCUCAGUCCUUGUAUUCUAGUAUUCAUAUAUUUUAGAUAUUUUUCAGUAGUGGAACAUAAACUUUGAAAAGUCAAAAUCUGUUCCAUUCCUUCUGCA